AUGUUUCCGCUCAUUGAAUCCCACCUUCAGCUCUAUGUCACUUUUAUGUCAACGUGGGUCAAAUAUGCUACUAUUAAGGUGUACUUGUGUGGGAUACAGUACCAAAGUCUAAUCUGUGGAUUUUCCGAAAAGAUAUCUGACAUGGGAAAAUUGUACUACGUAAUAAGGGGUAUUCGGCGAACUGAGAAUGUUGUAAGCCGCCAGAGACUGCCAAUCACGCCCUCCCACCUACACGAAAUGCUAAGAUUUAUCAACAAUUCAUGUUUUUCAUUUUGUGACAAAGCUAUGUGGCGAUGCCUUAUUUUGUUUGCCUUGUUUGGUCUGUUAAGAGUUUCGGAAUAUGUUUGCCCUUCCAAAACCAAUUUUGAUCCCCAUAUUCACUUGUCCCAAUCCGAGUUUAGCUUCUCACCUUGCAACAAUACUCUUUAUAUGACUAUCAAAAGUUCUAAAACCCAUCCCUGUAGGAAAACAUUUCAAAUUAGGUUUGGGAGGAUUAAGGGUGAUUUGUGUCCUGUCAAAGCUUUCUCUCAAUUUCUUGUGUACUGA